AGAAGACGUCCGCUAAGACGUCGACAAUGGACUGGCCAGAGCUCUCCCCGGAGCUGCAUGGCGCCUUGAAGGACAUUCUAGAACGAGUCAUUCGAGAAAGACCGGCAGAUGCUCUCAAAAACGUGUCGGGUGGGCCCUUCAGUGAAGCAAAACGCGCCAGGAGAAGCAAACAGUCGACGCAUGUAUAUAUGGUCUUCUGCAGAUGAUUUGCUGGAACGAAGCGGCGUCUGCCUUCAGUGAGACCUUGACGAAGAAUGGGUGGUGAUUCAUCGCUCAUGUCUCUUCACAAUGUCCUCUUUCUCCCCCACACCCGCACACGUGAUCAUUCAGGGACUUCGAGCAGCUGUUCGAGACAUGCGCCCGUCUUCCCCAGACCUACAGCCUCCCCGACGCCCUUCCCCCCUCAUCCGUCUCUGCCAAACCGGCAGGCGCCGCCGAAGGCCUCUUCCCAACUCAGGCGCACGACCUCGUUGUGCCCCUCAGUGCACUAGAGUCGAUCGCAAAGACAGUCUGGGAGGAGCCAUUCGCAAAUGCUGUCAAGGUCAUGAGCUUCACCAGCCUCUCCCAGAUGCUCGACGACGACUCUGAGGUGCCGGCCGCGUUCGCAUUGCCCUUCCCGGCUGCUGUCAAGCUGGCGAAUGAGCUGAGUGAUACUGACUUGGCGCCGCAGCUGAGUGCUGUGACGGCGGGGGGAAAGAACGUGUCGUUUGAGGAGUUCACCCAGGCGGUGGCCAAGGACUGGCACGACAAGCACAUGAGGCUGCUGAGACAGCCAUACGAGGAGAGCGAGGCAUUCAGGUGCGGAAGAACCCUGAGACAAUGAGAAGGAAGAAUGAUGUCUCGCUAUGUUUGUUCGUUCCAGGACGGCUGGCAGCCUCGUUGAUGCGCUGACAGAGGAAGCGCCUGAUGGGUUUGGUCUGUCGGCGGAGGAUGCGCAGCUGCUGGUGGCUGCCGCCGGGACCAAGGGGGCGAGAGACGAGGAGUUCACCUGGCAGCACUACGUCAGAUUCCUCUCGGUUGGCGGCUUUGAGCUGGUGAGACACCAAUGCAAUGCGUCCAUGGGUGUGUUCACCAUCUUGUGGUGGAUCCAUGCGUGUGUAUGUAUGUCCCUCAGCUGUUUGCUGAGGAGCUGUUGCCGCGGUCGCCUGCCGUGUAGUGUGGCGUGAGGGUGAGUGAUGUGUUAGCGAUAUAAAUGCACAGAGUCGAGGGGUGAGCGGAGACAUUGAUGUCAGAAGAUGCAUCUGAAGAUCAUUACGUUAACACACAGUGUCCCC